AUGAGCCAUCUCUCUUGGAAUUGUCGAGGCUUGGGGCGUGCUCUGACAGUCCAAAAACUACGGGAGCUUAUCCGCUCUCAUGCCCCCUCUAUGGUUUUUCUUAUGGAGACUAAACAGAACAACCAUAGAGUGUCUAUGCUCAGGAGACAAUUAGGAUUUUUCAAGGGUUUCUGUGUUGACCUCGUGGGUCUUGCGGGUGGUUUGACUCUCUGGUGGAGACCAGAGGUUGAUGUCGAAAUUCUUGCCUCUAAUAAGAAUUUAAUUGAUACUAUUGUGAAGAAUAGGGACGAUGGUACUCAUUAUCGGUUCUCUUGGAUAUAUGGCCCUUCGUAUCGGGAGGAGAAACUUAUUUUUUGGGCAAAUUUGGCCAAUUUCGCACUGGUUAAUUCUCCCCCUUGGCUCUAUAUUGGGGACCUCAAUGAGAUUCUGGGAAACGACGAGAAGGAAGGUGGCAAUUCGUGGCCUUGGUGUCGCACCCGUUUUUUGCGUUCUUUUAUGGACACUAAUGGCUUACUGGACCUCAGAUCCACUAGCAAAUUUUUCACAUGGGAAAAUAGACAGGAUGGUGCCUCCCUGGUUAUAUUAAAAUUGGAUCGAUGGCUUAUCAACGCUCCGUGGCUUUACAUGUGGCUGGACUCUUGCGUUCAUGUUGAGCCUAGGAUUGGCUCUGACCACUCUCCUUUCGUGCUUCAUUUCGCUCCCAGAGUCAGGAGGAGAAGGAAGAAUUUCAAGUUCGAAGCAUACUGGGCUGACAAUCCUGAGUGCGAUUCGAUUAUUCAAAAGGGAUGGAACUGUGACCAAAAUGGGGACUCUUUAUCUACUCUGUCGGCUAACCUUGGAGGUUGCAGGAUCUGGAGGCCCUUCAGUCUGGUGAGCAUGAAGAUAACUUUCGACACCAGGAAGCUGCUAUUUGGAAUGAACUGUCCUGUUUGUGGAGUAGAGAGGAAACCUAUUGGAAACAGCGUUCUCGUGUAA